ACCACCAACCCACACCACACGCCGACAAAUCACAAGCCGUGUUCGUCGCCGCGGACUCGGGCUUGGUUGGGCGCCACCACCACCCCUCUCCCCAACUCCACUCAUCCCCCCUUCCAGCAGGAAGCCAGCGACAGACAGCAGCUGUGCGUCUCCGGCCGCCAUGGCCAAGCCACCGCCCGCCUCCACCACUUCACCCUCCGAUCCGCCCCCUUCCACCACCGCCAAGCAGUCCCACCCGCCGGGCCUCCUCGACUCCGUGGCCUCCUCCGCGCGCUCCCUCCUCGCCGCGGCCCGUCGCUCCCCGGUCACCACCCUGGUGGCCGCCUUCUUCCUCCUCGCUCUCUUCAUGUACGGCGAGGACGUCCGCACCAUCGCCGAGCUCUCCAUCGACGACUACCUCUACCCCGACGCCGACUUGUACAACGUCUCGGGGCUGCCUCCCUUGGUGCUCCCCCCGCCCACCUGUGACCUCUACCGCGGCCGAUGGGUCUUCGACAACACCUCCCUCCCCGCCUACAGAGAGAAAGAGUGCACCUUCCUCACCGCGCAGGUCACCUGCCUUGCCAACGGCCGACCCGACGAUACAUGGCAGUACUGGAAAUGGCAGCCAAACAACUGCUCCCUGCCAACGUUCGAUGCUCGGAGAUUCAUGGAGGCGAUGCGCGGGAAGCGGCUCAUGUUCGUGGGGGAUUCGCUGAACCGGAACCAGUGGGAGUCGCUGGUGUGCCUGGUGCAGCCCAUUUUGUCCAAGGGCAGGAAGAAGGUGGUCAAGCGGGGCUCUCUCACCAUCUUCCACGCCAAGGAGUACCGCGCCACCCUCGAGUUCUACUGGGCGCCCUUCCUCGUCGAGUCCAACUCCGACAACCCCAAGAUCCACAGCAUCGAGCACCGGAUCAUCAGGCCAGAGCGGAUCGAGGGGCAUGCCAGGUACUGGAGGGACGUCGACUACCUCAUCUUCAACACCUACAUCUGGUGGAUGAACACCGCAGACAUGAAAGUCAGGAGGCCGAAUUCGAGGUAUUGGUCGGAGCAUGAUGAGGUCCCGAGGAUCGAAGCGUAUGGCCAGGUGUUCAAGACAUGGUCGGACUGGCUGGACAAUAAUCUUGAUCCGGCGAGGACGUCAGUGUUCUUCAUGACAAUUUCUCCUCUUCACAUCAGCCCAGAGAAAUGGGGAAACCCCAACGGGAUCAAAUGCGCAAAGGAGACGCUUCCAUAUAUGAACUACACUGAACCCCUCGACCUCUACCAUGACAUGCGGAUGUUCGACCUGGUAGCAAAGGUGUCCAGAUCCAUGAAGAGGGUUCCGGUCACAUUGAUCGACAUCACGAAGAUGUCAGAUUACAGGAAGGAUGCCCACACGUCGGUGUAUUCCAUCCGACAAGGUAAGCUGCUGACGCGGAAGCAGAAGGCUGACCCGGACAAGUUCGCCGACUGCAUCCAUUGGUGCCUUCCUGGCGUGCCAGACGUCUGGAACCAGAUACUUUAUACAAGGAUCCUUUUGAAAUCUUGGCAUUCUUCCCCUCCUCCCUCUCUGCCUCUUCCUCCCCAAUGAGAAACAGGGGUUCGGUUUUUACCCCGACAUAUGAAAUGUAUCACUAUUCAUUUUUUUCUUUUCUUUUUGGGUAGAUUGAGUAAAGGCUAGAGAAAAGGAAUUGAAAGGGCUGUAUACGGAUGGCAUGUAAGAUCGUUCGAUUGAAUUGUAAAUUAGUUCUGAGUUAGGCAAUUGAGCAACCAGCACUCUGGUAGACAGUUGCACUCUGAAAAUAGUUUCCAGACAGAAAUUAGUUAUAUAUAACCUGCCUGCUGGAUGAUACAAAAGGUGGAUAGUGCUUCUUAAAGCUUCUAAAAAAGAAAUCUCAGGCUUAACUGCA